UUCACAUUGUUGUUUGAGGUUAGAAAAUCAGUUUCAGGGUGCUUCUUAAUUUAUUGAAACCAUGAGUAAAAAGGUAAAAGAUUUAAAAUGGCAGUCCGUAGCUUUAGACGGCUUUCCCGCGUCCAUGGGAGACAAAUUACAGGGAUUUAUAGGCUUGGAAGAGUGUACAAGUUACAGUCUCGAUAAAGAAAGACCACGCAAUAAAAAGAAAAAGGAGCAAAAGAAACGCAAAAACACUAAAUCCAUCGAAGAAACGAUACAAAAACAGAUUCCAAAUAAAAAAACGAAACUUAGCAAUGGUUUCGUUGUGGAGUCCUGCGAUACUGUUACACCUUCUCUUACCAAUGAAGAUAAUACAGACAGUAAAGAGAGCACGAAUAAUAAAAUUCUACCACCUGGCAAGAAGGCUAAAACUAGAAAGAAACUUGGUGAGAAUGUAGCGGAGGUGGAGUCCCAGUUGACGCCUGAAGACAUGCUGUCAUGGGCAGAGUUCAAGUUGCCGGAGGAGAUCACGCGGGCUCUCAUGGAGCUUGGCUUCAAGCAGCCGACUAAGAUACAGCAGCUGUCACUGCCUGCUGCCAUCCAUGGCCGCAGAGAUAUCCUGGGUGCAGCCGAGACGGGGAGCGGUAAAACCUUAGCCUUCGGUCUACCCAUCCUCACCGGCAUCUUAAGACUAAAAGAGAAAGCACAAGCAAAAGGCCUAGACGUGUAUGAGAUCCCGUACAAAAAAAGUAGUAAGAAGAAAUCGGUACCCGAGCCUCCGAAAAAGCAAUUUAAAAAGAAAAAGAAUAAAAUAAAGAAUAAGAAUAAAAAAGAGACUUCAUCAGAAGAUGGCUACAGUAGUGGAGAAGAUGAGGAAGAUAAGAAUGAAGAAAGUAAAGAUAAGGGACUUAAAGAUGAUGAUGGUGAUUUUAUAGAAGAAAUCGAAGUGCCGGUUAAAAAGAAGGAGUUAUCGACAGAUGAAGGGAACGAUAGUGACGACAGUGCGGAUUACGUGCAUCUUUCUGACAUAUUUGACGGUGAUGAUGAUUCUGAUGAUGGAAAUGAGAAAGAGGGUGAAAAAUCAGACAAUAAUGAUGAUGAUGAAAUUGAGAAUGGUGGAAGUGGUGAAGAUACGGAGAGUCAAGAUGAAGUUGAUGGCGAUGAGGGAGGCAUGGGCUGUGUGAAAGUGAUAGACAACAUAGAGCUGCCGGGGACAGAGACGGUCCGCACCGGCAGCCCUCUCUACGCUCUCAUUCUAACACCCACCCGGGAGCUGGCCAUGCAGAUAUCCCAGCAUUUGAAGGCUGUUGCCAAGUAUACAGGUAUUCGCAUAGCGACGGUGGUAGGCGGCAUGGCGGCGGUGAAGCAGGAGAGGGAACUCAAGCGGAACCCUGAAAUAGUGGUGGCCACUCCGGGGAGGCUGUGGGAGCUGGUGUCCAGAGGAGAACCGCAUCUACAGCAGUUACCUAGUGUAAAAUUCCUUGCCAUCGACGAGACCGACCGUAUGAUCGAGCGGAACCACUUCGAGGAGCUUCAUCCGUUGCUCGAGAGGCUCAACUACGACGAGGCACAAAGAAACUCGCGACAGAACUUCGUCUUCUCAGCCACGUUGACUCUAGUUCACGAUCUGCCAGCGCAUAUGAAGGGAAAGAAGGUGACAAAACGCGGCAAGAUAAUAAACAGAAAGAUCGAGAAGAUGACUUCGAAACAGAAGAUCGGUCGGCUGGUCACACUCAUCGGCAUGACCGAACCUAAAGUCGUUGACAUCACAUCCGACAACCUGGGCACAGCGGAGACCCUGACAGAAUGUAAGAUAGCGUGCGCCUUCGAACACAAGGACGCUUAUCUUUAUUACAUUUUAAAACGACACCCCGGGAGGACUAUAGUCUUCUGCAACGCCAUUGGCUGCGUCCAACGGUUAGCCCAGCUGCUGUCCCUACUGAAGUGCCGCCCUCUGCAGCUGCACGCCAGCCUGCAGCAGCGGCAGAGACUCAAGAAUCUAGAGAGGUUCAGAGACGACCCGCACGGGGUCCUGAUAGCGACCGACGUAGCAGCGAGAGGGUUGGACAUACCGAACGUAGACCAUGUGAUACAUUAUCAAGUGCCCAGGACCGCCGAGAACUACGUCCACCGAAGCGGCCGCACGGCUCGAGCCAACAAGGAAGGCCUGACCAUCCUCAUGAUGGAGCCCCAGGAGGCCUUCAGAUACGCCAAGUUGUGUAUCACGCUUAAUAAGAAGUCCGAGCUGCCAACAUUCCCCGUGCCCCCCCUCGGGCUGGACUCCCUCAAGACCCUCGUGAACACAGCGCGCGAGCUCGACGCGCUCCUACUGAAGAGACGACGCGCUGCACAAGCUAUAGGGUGGAGGGAGAAGGCUGCCAGGGAGAUGGACAUGAUCGUUGAUGAUGAUGACGCACCCGUGAAAGACCUAGACCCGGGCAUCGAGAAGGCAGUCAAGAUCAAACAGAAACAGCUGAACACCAUGCUAGCCCGGCCCGUGGUCCCGAAGGGGUUCUCCUUCAAGUACCCCACUCUGAACGAGCCUACGGCACUUUUGGGGACCCAGGACAACGCCUUACAGGUAAUGAAGAAAGCGCUGGAGUCAGGGGAAUUAAAACGAGAGAAGAGGAGAAGCAAGAACGCCCCGUUACUGAAGCUGCAGAAAACCUUCAAGAGGAAAUAAACGCUGCUUACA